GGAGACAUUUCCCAGCAGCGACUCCCAGGGGGAUCGCAGCUCCGCGCAUCAGCGGGCAUGAUAGAAUUACACACCCACUUUCACACCGUCAGCCACGUCCUGCAAGAGCCCAUCCCCGACUGAAGACCCCCGGCACACAGCUCAGGGGCCACACGGACACCGCCGGCGCCUUUGGCACGCGUCAAUGACCACUUGCAGAACUUGAUAAGAAGAGAUUCGUAGCGCGCAGAGAGCGAAACGCACUCGGGAUCUUCUUGUUUUUCUUCUUUUUUUUUAAGUUUGCAGAAAAGGGGACUUAAAGAAAAGAAGGGAGAAAAAAAACAACGAUGGCCAACUCCGGUAUCCAGCUGUUGGGGUUUUUCCUGUCGCUGAUGGGCAUCGUGGGACUGAUCGUCGGGACUGUCCUGCCGCAGUGGAAGAUGUCCGCGUACGUCGGGGACAACAUCAUCACCGCCGUGGCCAUGUACCAGGGCCUGUGGAUGUCGUGCGCCUUCCAGAGCACCGGGCAGCUCCAGUGCAAAAUCUACGACUCCAUCCUGCUGCUCGACAGUUCGCUCCAGGCCACUCGAGCCUUGAUGAUAGUUGGCAUCAUCGUGUCCAUAGCAGGGCUAGGUGUGGCCUGCAUGGGAAUGAAGUGCACCACCUGCGGAGGGAGCGAAAAACUGCGCAAGUCCCGCAUCGCCAUGACAGGAGGCAUCAUCCUCCUCGUGGGCGGGCUUUGUGCCAUCGUAGCGUGCUCCUGGUUUGCUCACAAUGUCAUCCGGGCUUUCUAUAACCCCUACACUCCUGUCAACACCAAGUUUGAGUUUGGUGCAGCCAUCUUCAUCGCGUGGGGCGGCUCCCUCUUAGACGUCCUCGGCGGCGCCAUGUUGGCUGCUUCUUGUCCAAGAAAGAAGCAGGUGUCCAAAUAUCCGUCCAUGGCCAGUUCCCGCUCCGGUGCUCAGAGCGGCACGAAGGAAUAUGUCUGAGAGGUGCCGACCACCACACAGAGCCUGGGACUCGAGGAAGUUUCCCCCCUGCUUAUUGCAGCACCGGCGAGGAGUAAAAAAAAAAAAACAGGAAGGAUUAUGGGCAGUCGUGAAUCAUAAGACAGAUGCAAAGAGUUACUGAAAAUGGGACUUUGACCUUACUUUUUCAUUCAGGCCUUUGAUAACCCCUCGAUUAUCAUGCAGCAAUCUCACUCAUUUUGCGAACGGUGUCUCGCACCCCGCACACACAUUCCACAGUUGUUUACAAGUGGGCUUCGCAAACACAUUAUAAUUGGAUCCCCUGACUUAAUAGACAAGCCUCUGGGUGGAACCUCUUGAAUCGUAUCCUAAAGGGUGGAUCGUAGCCAAUGCUUGCACGUCCAUGCUAGAACCGGCAUCUGUUAGCAUUUGCCGUGUAAUUGAAAGUAAUCAAUUCCAGUUGAGCGACCUAGGCUGAGAAUCAGGGGGCUCCGAACGACAGACACACAGGGUGACAAUGCAAUGUUUUGUGUAAACUGUUGGUGGCUCUAAAAUAGAUUUCCUGCGACUUCGCACACAGCGCUCACUGUGUAGGGUGAGCAUGUCACACAGGCCUUUUACUACAACACUCACGACAGGCCCCACGCCUCUUCACACCAGUGUGUUACAAACCCUGCUCAGCAUGGGAAAUAUUUCAUCAUGUAGUCACUGUGCCACGAUCGCUCUCAUAGCUUCCACAUCAGCCGCUAUGAGAAUGAACUGCCUCUAUUUAUUUUGUCAAACGUAGCUUUUUUUUUUUUUGCUCGUGUAGAUUUUCAUAAUUGAUAGUCAACUGUGGCCCUUUUGUAGCUUUUCAGAGAUUCUGUCAUAUAUGUAUGUUUUAUGCUCUGACUUUUUUUUAUGUCAUAGUUUUAUACAUUCGGCUCAUCUAGCAGGUAAUGGUGUAACGAAACAUUUUUAACAUGUAUAAUCGUACUGAAAUAAUAAAGAUAUUGCAACAUU